GAGGGAAGGACAAACAGAGCAGUGGGGAGAGAGGGAAGGACAAACAGAGGGGUGCGGAGAGAGAGAAGGAUGAACAGAGUACAGAGACUUCAGACGAGGAUCACACAGAGCAGACAGACAGAGACUCGUUCAAACUACUCAUUAAGCCACACCCCUCUAAGUCAGACACACCCCGGCCUAAACAGAAGACCUCUGAGCCCCGUAAGCCACUACCACGUGUGUUUGGGGUGGCAGCGGCUUCAAUCCGGUCCAAACCGCUUCUGGUGUCAGUGAUGGAACUGGACCAGAAGAAUGAGAACAGCAGCGCUGAAGGUGUGGACUCCCAUCAGGUCCUUGAAGGGACCACUGCCACCAAUGACCUGAACAAGGGGGUCCCUCUGCUCUCGUACCCAAAAGAGCCUAACCCCAGCAACAUCCCUGUCUCCUCCUGCCCUGAGAGCUCACCUGACCUGGCUGACAACCUGUCCCUGACCCCUGACAUCUGCCCAUGUGACCCCGCCCAGGAGAACCUGAGGGAGAACACCCUGAGCACUGAGGACGGGGGCCCUGUGGCCCUGGGCUCCCCUCACACACCCCUGGCUGUCUCUCCCAAGAGGGAGAACUCAGAGACAGAUGCCGGAGGGAGGAGGGGGGUUGGGGGCUGGGGGGCAGGGGAGGCCCAAUCUCUCUCUCUGGGGCAGGGCUGUGGGUUGGAGGCACAGAGCCUGUUACUGUGUGAGGUGGAGGGGCAUGCUGUUGGACAGACAAUUGGACAGACGAUUGGACAGACACUCUCCGGGCUGCCCAAUGUCGGCACAGACGAGGAUGAGGUGGAUGAUAUAAUGGGGGACGAAGAAGACAACAACAGCCUGUGUGGUCGGCCAGACAAGAUGGCAGAUGUUGAGCUUGUGGGAGAGGGAGUGCCAGAGUCCAACCUGUCCAGCUGGAGGUCCAUCGAGGAGAUAUCAGAGGCAGGGGGAGGAGAGGACGGAAGCUCCCAAUUCCCAGAGGAUGAUGUCAGCAACCUGCAGAGUCGCCCAGAAAACAAGGAGCAGGAAAACAACAACAAUGACUCAGUGUUCCUAUCCUCUGGAAUGCCAACCUGUGUGACUCUGAAUGCCCUGUCAGAGGAGGUGAGACACCAGAGCCAGAGUGUGAGUCUGAGGGCGUCCCUCUCAAACAUACCACUCACAGAGGUGAGACCACAGGCUGCUGCAGCCUCCGAUAGGCCAACAACAUCACCGGACAGCUCAACACACCAAUCAGACAUAAGACAGGCUUCCUCGUCCAUGGAAAGCCCUGGGCAUGUCUCACCACCAGGGGGUAAACUACAGACUGUUUCAGACCAGAGCUCUGGUUCAGUAGAGGCAGCCAUUUCCAGACCCAACAGUAACACAGAUAUUAACCCAGCAGUCAAACAGGCAGACCUUGCUAUUUCUCUGCUGGGUGGGGCAUUUGGAUCCUUCAGUCAUAAAAUCAGACCAAGCAACUCCAAGUCAGGCAGACUGCCCCAAGAAACUUCCCCAUCAAUGAGGAAAGACACAGUAGAGAAUGUCCAAGUCUCCCAAGAAACUUCUCUCUCAGUGGGCAAAGACACAGUAGAGAAGGUCAAAGUUCCCCAAGAAACUUCCCCAUCAGUGAGCAAAGUCACAGUAGAGAAGGUCCAAGUCUCCCAAGAAUUGUCCCUAUCAGUGGGCAAAGACACAGUAGAGAUGGUCCAAGUUUCCCAAGAAUUUCCCCCAUCAGUGGGCAAAGACACGGUAAAGAAUGUCCACGUUUCCCAAGAAUUCUUCCUGUCAUUGGGCAAAGACACAGUAGAGAAGGUCCAAGUUUUUCACGAAACUUCCCCAUCAAUGAGUAAAGACACAGAAGAGAAGUUUCAAGUUUCCCAAGAAAUUUCCCCAUCAAUGAGCAAAGACACAGUAGAGAAAGUACAAUUUUCCCAAGAAUGUUCCCCAUCAGUGAGCAAAAACAUAGUAGAGAAUGUCCAAGUCUCCCAAGAAACUUCCCUAUGGGUGGGCAAAAACACGGUAGAGAAGGUCCAAGUUUCCCAAGAAACAUCCCAAUCUGUGAGCAAAGACACAGUAGAGAAGGUUCAAGUAUUCCAAGAAUGGUCCCUAUCAAUGGGUAAAAACACAGUAGAGAAAAUCCAAGUUUCCCAAGAAACUUCCCCGUCAGUGAGCAAAGACAUAGUAGAGAAGGUCCAAGUAUUCCAAGAAACUUCCCCAUCAGUGGGCAAAGACACAGUAGAGAAGGUCAACAUUUCCCAGGAAACUUCCCCAUCAGUGAGCAAAGACACAGUAGAGAAGGUCCAAGUAUUCCAAGAACCAUCCCUAUCAGUAGGCAAAGACACGGUAGAGAAGGUUGAAGUUUCCCAAGAAAUUUCCCCAUCAAUGAGCAAAGAGAUAGUAGAGAAAGUACAAUUUUCCCAAGAAUGUUCCCCAUCAGUGAGCAAAAACAUAGUAGAAAAUGUCCAAGUCUCCCAAGAAACUUCCCCAUCAGUGGGCAAAGACACAGUAGAGAAGGUCGACAUUUCCCAAGAAACUACCCCAUCAGUGAGCAAAGACACAGUAGAGAAGGGCCAAGUAUCCCAAGAAUCGGCCCUAUCAGUUGGCAAAGACACAGUAGAGAAGGUCCAAAUUUUCCAAGAAACUUUCCCAUCAGUGAACAAAGACACAGUAGAGAAGGUACAAGUAUUCCAAGAUUCAGCCCUAUUAGGGGGCAAAGACGCACUAAAGGAGGUCCAAGUUUUCAAAGAAACUUCCCCAUCAGUGGGUAACGACACAGUAGAGAAGGUCAAAGUUUCCCAAGAAACUUCCCCAUCAGUGAGCAAAGACACAGUGGAGAAGGUCCAAGUUGUCCAAGAAUCUUCCCUAUCCCCAUCAGUGGGCAAAGACACGGUAGAAAGUGUGAAAAAACUCUGUUCCCAGCCUCAGCCAGAGGAGACAGAGCCACAGACGAUGAGCCAAAGAGAGGGUGGUGGCGGUCAGACGACUGAUAGGCACAUUGACCAACCAAAGAUGAGCGUGGCCUUAGAAGGGCAGGAGAGCAGUGUUUGUAUCUCAGGGGAAAGUGAGGUGGAGGAGAGAGCAGACGAGAGAUUCUCUCCAACAGAAAGUAUUCCAGAACCUGCACAGCGACAGACACCUGAGGGAGAGCUGAGCACAGAGAAAGCCAUCACUCUUCCUCAGCCAGAGAGGAAAGGGAAGCAGAGAAAGCAGAGCAGAGACAGACCCAGUCAGCUGCGCAGACAAUCUACAUCAGGCCCUGGGUCUACUGAUCAACCACAGAAACCGGCUCUCGCUACCAAGACCCUAGCAGACACCUCCCCACCAGGGAAACAAAAGAAUACGAACAUGAGGGGACAAAAAUCUGUUGCAGAUACCAGACAGGGGAAACCUGUGAAGGGCAAACCUGAAGCAGAGUCCGGGAGGAGAGGGGAAAACAGAAACGUCUCCGUUGCCCCGACUCCCCCUAGUCCUACCAACCUCUGCCCUAUAGCUCCCACUCUCCUAGUCAACCAGGAAGUGAACACGGAAGUGCACCAGAUAAUGCUUGAUAACAGGCCGCUGCCUGGCUGCCAGACAGAAAGCAGGAAGGAUAUCAACGAUAACAAUGUGGGGAGUGGCCAUGCCUCCCCUACAGAACAGAAUAGGUCCUCUUCUCCUCCACCUCUUCCCUCCUCCUCUCCUCCUCAACUCUCAUUCUCUCCUCUUUCCUCAUCUCCCCCACCUCUUCCCUCCUCCUCUCCUCCUCUCUCCCUCUCUACUCUCUCCUCCUCUCCUCCCCCCAGUUCCUUUGCGAUGUCGCCAGAUGAGGACCUCCCCACCCCUAUACAGGAGUCCCAGCCUCUCGUCACCCCACUCCUAGACACCCAGCCUCAAUCAAUCAAUGUUCAGGCAGCCUCUGCAACCCUUUCUACUACCCCUAACGCCCUUCCUAAGCACCCCCCUAUACCCACCGAAAGUGUCCCUAUGUCCCCUAACCCCUCCUCAUUUCCAUCUCCACCCAUGUCAGCCCUGGCCUCAACCCCCAGCUUUACCCAGCCCACCCAGGAGUCUCUGCCACGGCUGGAGGCUCCAACCACAAUGCCUGUCCUAGGCAUCCGCAGGCAGGUCCAGCCCCAACCAAACCUCCUCACCAAGCCCAACAGACAGGUCAAGACAGGUCAGUCACAAAGCCCACAGGACAGAGAUGGGAUGGAUACAGACAGUGAUGACGAUGCCACUGCUGUUCCUCUACGACAUCACAUGACUCAGCCCAGGGGGAUUCAGGGAAACAAUUCUCAUAAAGAGUCUGGCUCCUCCAAUCAGCGAGAGAUACUGCUUCACUCCUCCUGCCAAACAACCGAGAGACAGGCAGACUGUCCAAUCAGCCACAAGGAUUCACAGGAGCUGGACCUGUCCUUCAAAUACAACUUGGGCUCCUGCAAUGAGUCGGAGAGUGACGGAUCAGUGCCAGAGUUGGAAGAACCAGAGGGGGUGCCACUGAGAUCCUCAGAACCCCAGCCCAUCUCUCCUGCUGAUGAGGGGAUUAACAGACCUAAGCAGAGCCGCAGUGAGAAGAAGGCCCGCAAGGCCAUGGGUAAGCUGGGCUUGCGGCCGGUCCACGGUGUGACCAGGAUCACUAUAAGGAAGUCGAAGAGCAUCUUGUUUGUCAUCAGCAGACCUGACGUCUUCAAGAGCCCCGCGUCAGACAUCUACAUCGUCUUUGGAGAGGCCAAGAUAGAGGACCUGUCUCAACAGGUGCACAAGGCAGCGGCAGAGAAGUUUAAGGUCCCGGUGGAGCCCUCCCCCCUGGCGCCACCUGCACCACCCAGCCUCACCAUCAAGGAAGAGAGCGAGGAGGAGGAGGUGGACGAGGGAGGUUUGGAGCAGAGGGAUAUAGAGCUGGUGAUGGCCCAGGCUAACGUGUCCCGUUCUAAAGCUGUCCACGCCCUCAGACACAACACCAACGACAUCGUAAACGCUAUCAUGGAACUGACAAUGUGAGAGGACCCCCACCAAGCAUAAAUGCCACAGUCACAUCUGUAUCGCUGCUAUGUUGCAUUCUCCUUACCUGCUAAUAAACAGUCUGUUAUAACUACA